AUGACUACAGAGAGCAGGACACCACCAACAAAAGGACCCACCUCUACAGGCAAAACAGACAAGCCAUCACCCACCACUAUGGUGUCACCUACUACUAGUCAAGGGACCAUCUCUGGAAACAAGCUGAGGGACCCAUUGACCACCCCUGUUCAAGGGGCCACCGCUAUAAGUAAAACAGAAAACCCAACAACCGCCUCCGUGAAGUCACCUACUGUAAGUCAAGGGAUCGCUCCCACAGACAGCCUGAAAAACCUACCAUCCACCUCCCAGACACCACCCAGCCCACCUCAGCAUAUCAGCUCUUCAGCCAGCACCACAACCCCCAAAGCCAACCCUACGACAGCCUCCACCAUCACCACGCAGAAGACUACCCCUCCAGUCAUUUUGGGAAGCUUGGCAGCCACCACUACUGCAAAUGCUGGCCGCACUCAUGCGGUCAGCCCAACAACAUCCUCAAGACAUUUAGUGACUCCUGCUGCAUCCGAUCCCGGAGUGGGAACUCAGGAAAGCCAGCCUUCGGGCCAGCUGACCAGCACCAAUGUCACCGCAGGAGUCCCAAGCAACAACCUUCUCCCUGGGCCUCCCACAUCUACCACCAAGGAGCUUCACUCUUCUUCUAGUUCUCCAGUCCAGGGAUCAGCCUCUCCCACCAGAUCUGGAAGCAGCAACACUUCUGUUAGCCCUCCUGGUGGAUCUGUCCCCAGGACCACUAGUAAAACCCCUUCAGGUUUACCACCUGGCAGCAGCAGCAGCUCAGAGGCAGCAGUCACGACAACAACCAGAGCAGAACACAAAAGCCAUGACGUCGGAUCUGUAUCAACCAAAUCCACAAGUGCUGACCAGAACCCUGCCAGUACACAGCCAUCGACCUCAGCUCCGCGGGACCAGACAGUGAGCAGCAGUCAUGGCCACCAGCACCCAAAUAUUUCCCUCCCAAAUCAGGUCAUCUGUGAAGACCAGGUGCAAAACAACCAUCCCACCUUGCAUCUGAAAGAAGCUAAAACCUGUGCUGAGUGGAAUGCCACCAGUGCCCAAAACUCCUUCUUCGAGAGCUUCUGCUCGACAAGCCAGCGCGCUUUCAACGCCAGCAGAGAAGCGUGCACGGUGACCCUGACCUCCCACGAGCACCGCUCCCAGGUCUGGGCUGUGAGGGCAGUUGUGCACUUCCCUCUGGACCCUGAACAAGUCCUUGAGGAGCUGAAGGAAAAGAAGGACAAGUUAGAGGAGCUCGGCAUCGCCAACAUCACCUACGACAAAAUGGAGAGGGAGAUGGUGAUCACCGACGAGUUCAGCACACCCCUGAUCAUCACCAUCGUCACCCUGGCCGGCUCCCUGCUGCUCAUCGCAGCCAUCUACGGCUGCUGCCACCCGCGCUUCUCCCCAAAGAAGGACCAGCACAUCCACCCUGAUCUCCCCGGGUUUGAUGAUGGACAUGUGGCCCUGAUCUUUAAUCGCCUGACUGAGGAGCUGCAGACCAUGGAGAAUGGCUACCAUGAUAACCCCACGCUAGAGGUGAUGGAGACCUCCUCUGAAAUGCAGGAGAAGAAGGUGAACCUCAACGGUGAGCUGGGGGACAGCUGGAUCGUUCCUCUUGACACCAUCAUGAAGGAAGACCUGGAGGAAGAAGAGGACACGCAUUUAUAG